ACAAAUGAUGAUCUCCUGAAAAACCUACCAUUCAGUUUUGACCGCCUUUAAAAGCUUCGCUCUUCCAUUUUUAUUUUUUAUUUUUUUUUGUUACCACGCUCAUUCCUUCUCUUUCCUAUUCAAUCGUUCUUCUCUCUCUCUCAGCCACGAAUUAAUUUAAUAAAUAUAAACCCUAAUUUCACACACAAACCACACUCUUCAGGUUCUCGCUUCACUCUCCAACUCUAAAAUCCACUUUUUCUCACAUGGAAAAUUGAGGGGGAAAAAUCCCUCCCUUUUUUUUCUUUUUCUUUUUCUUUUUGGUACGUAAAAUUUGUUUUUGAUAAAUUAAGGGUUGGGAUUUAUGUCCUUCAAUCAAUCAAAGUCCGAUAACCGACGAUCCGGCCGAUCCGCCAGCUUUAAUCAACAGCGAGGUUCCUCCGGUGGUUCCUACGUUAACAAGAGCGGCACCGGCGCGGCUGCGCCUUCACCCUCACUUUCCUCUUCUCGGAGUUUUAACAAGAAGUCUAAUAAUCAUGCACAAGGUGGACCAUCUAGGGUAAACCCUACCCCAGCCAAUUCAGCUGAGUUUAAUUAUGCUUCUGCAGUCCGGACAACACCAAAUGGUUCCCAUGUACAGCCGCAAUUUCAUGGUGGAUCUGAUGCACCAGUUACUAAUGCAACUGCCAAGCCAUCUGAAUCAUCAGCUGCACAGAGGAGCACCAGAGUUGUUCCUAAAGCUCCUCCUACUUCUCAACCUCCCCCCGUGAGUUCAGAUUCAGCAGCACCUACAACCCCUCCUAAGGGUGAUGCAUCCGUAGCAUUCCCUGUGCAAUUUGGAUCUAUUAGUCCAGGAAUUAUGAAUGGGAUGGCAAUUCCUGCUCGCACAAGCUCGGCUCCUCCUAAUUUAGAUGAGCAGAAGCGUGAUCAGGUUCGUCAUGAUUCUUCAAGACCUGUGCCUUCUGUACCAACACCUCCUGUUCCAAAGCAGCUGCCAGUGAAUAAGGAUACUGGUGUCACAGGCCAAUCUAAGGCUGGGGAGACUCACACUGGUACAAGGCCAAAAAAGGAUACUCAAGUGUUACCUGCAGCAAGCUUGAUGCAGAAGCCUGCUGUUAUUCCUCUACCUGGAAUUUCAAUGGCAAUGCCAUAUCGUCAGUCACCAGCACCCUUACACUUUAGUGCUGCUAAUCCCCAAAUUCAUUCUCAGGGUAUGUCAACAGCACCUCUUCAAAUGCCUUUGCCGAUGCCGAUGCCGUUACCAAUUAGAAAUGCUGGACAAGUGCAGCAACAGAUAUUCGUUCCAAGUAUUCAACCUCACCCUAUUCAUCAUCAAGGCCAACAUAUAGGUUACAGUCCUCAAAUUGGUCAUCAAUUUCCCCAUCAGUUAGGCAACAUGGGCAUCAACCCACAAUAUUCCCCACAACAAGGAGGAAAAUUUGCUGUACCUCGUAAAACUACUCCUGUGAAAAUAACUCACCCUGAUACACACGAAGAGCUUAGACUUGAUAAAAGGGAUGACAAUGGUGGGUCUUCUGGUGCUAGGUCUCAUUCUGGCAUGCCUUCUCAAUCUCCAUCUGUCCAGCCAUUUGCUGCUUCUCAUCCUGUGGGUCACUAUGCAUCCAAUUCUCUCUUUUAUCCAACUCCUAAUUCUCUUCCUUUAUCCAGUAGCCAGAUUACCCCCAACACGCACCCACCAAGAUUAGGUUAUGCAGUGAACCAUGGUCCACAAAAUGGUGGUUUCACGAAUUCAUCAUCAUCUAAUAAUUCCCUGCCUGUUGAUAAAAUAGUCACUUCUAUUUCCGGUAAUGUUCAACCACUGAAUACAGAAAUUUCCUGUGAUGUGCUGAAUGCAAUCUCAUCAACUAUGUCUGGAGCAUCUUCUGUGUCUAUAAAGCCAAGUGGUAGGUCUGGUGUUGUGAACUCAACAUAUGCCAAUUCCAGUAUUUCUGGUGCUCAAAAGGGUGGAUCUCCUAGUUCCUCGAUAACAUCUAGUGAUGUUGGCUCUUCUGUGCCACAAAAAGGGCCUGAAAUUUGUUCUGGAAUCUCUUCGGAACAAUCUACUGCUGCAUCUUCUGAGAAGCUUACAUCAGCUUCCUUGUUAUCUUCUUCGUCUGCUUUGAGUGAGGAUUCUGCACUAGUUGUAACCAAUAACGAAGGCAGAAAAAAGGAAUCUCUUAGUAGGUCAAAUUCUCUGAAGGAUAAUCAGAAGAAACUACAAAAGAAAGGCCAGUUGCAGCAUCAGGUGACUGUACAAUCUUCUGAUGUGGCUAAUGAACCAUCCUUAGCUGUUUCUGAAACUGUAGGAGCUAAAACAAUCCAUUCUGCAGCAAUUGCUGGUGAAGAUAUAUUAGCAGCAGCUUCAGGCACAUUGUCAGCUACCAGUGAGAACAUGCCUUCUGCCGAAGUUAAAGAGAAGACCAGUAGUUCUACACAGGUUUCUACUUGUGCUUCAGCUGUAGGACCUGUUACUCAAGCUGUGGAUAGUUUGAACAAACAUAAGAGUGCUGAGGUAGAUGAUUUAGCCCAAGAGAAUAAACUGUUAAGCCAUAACAUUUUGGAAAGGGGUGAUAAAUCUGAAAUUUCAACUCUUCAGAGAUGUAAAAAUGCUAGUGACGGUGGGACAGAAUUUAAUCAACUCAAACAAGGUGUUACAGAGUUAAGUUCUGAGGAUGUAACUAUAAGAACUGGACAGCAUGGGCAGGGUGAAUCUGCAAGUUACGGCACAGAGUGUGACCAGAUGACUAAUAAUUUAGGCAUGUCUACCUCUACUGCAUUGGAUUCUAAAGCUGUCUCUCUAAACAGAAAUGAUAGUGUAGUUAGUAAUGAAGCUAUUUCUACAACUUCUGGCUCAUCAGAUCAGCAAUCUUCUGAUCUUAUAGAAACAACUUCAGAACAUUGCAAGGAUAGUUCAGAGGAUGCUGGUAGUGGCUCGUUGUCUCUUCCAGAAGCAUCUGGUACUAAAGACAAACCAAUUUUAGAACCAAGCAAGGUGAAAGCUACAUCAAAAGGAAAAAAGAAACGAAAGGAGGUUCUUCUGAAAGCAGAUGCUGCUGGGUCAACAUCUGAUCUUUAUAAUGCUUAUAAGGGACCUGAUGAUAAGAAAGAAGCUGUUGUAAGUUCAGAAAACACUGAAAAUGUUACUACUUCUGGAGAUUCGAAGCAGUUUUCUGUGGAUGCUGUUCAGCCAGAUGCAGUUGCAACUGAACAAGGUGGGAAGAGUAAGGCUGAACUUGAGGACUGGGAGGAUGCUGCCGACAUGUCCACACCAAAGCUAGAAGUAUCAGAUAAAACACAACAGGUUAGCGAUGGAAGUGCAGUUACCGAUAAAAAGUACUCUCGAGAUUUCCUUUUGAAAUUUGCAGAGCAAUGCACUGAUCUCCCUGAAGGGUUUGAAAUCAUGGCAGACAUAGCCGAAGCUUUGAUGAGUUCUAAUAUUGGUUCUCAUGUUAUUGGACGCGAUUCACAUCCUUCUACUGGAAGAAAUGCAGAUAGGUCAGGUGGGAUGUCGCGGAUGGAUCGUCGUGGGAGUGGUGUUAUUGAGGACGAUAAAUGGAGUAAAGUUUCUGGUGCCUUCCAUUCUGAUAUGCGUUUGGAUGGUAUUGGAGGUAAUACAGGAUUUCGACCUGGCCAAGGAGGCAAUUUUGGUGUUUUAAGGAAUCCACGUACACCGACUGCUAUGCAAUAUGGUGGAGGGAUUCUUUCUGGGCCAAUGCAAUCCAUGGUAAAUCAGGGAGGAAUGCAAAGAAAUAGCCCUGAUGGUGAAAGGUGGCAGCGUGCUGCUAGCUUCCAGCAGAGGGGUUUAAUUCCAUCUCCUUUACCAACGAUCCACAAAGCUGAGAAGAAGUAUGAGGUGGGUAAAGUUACAGAUGAAGAACAGGCCAAGCAGAGGCAGUUGAAAGCUAUAUUAAACAAGUUAACUCCCCAGAAUUUUGAGAAGCUUUUUGAGCAGGUAAAAGCAGUUAAUAUUGACAAUGUCAUCACUCUCACUGGUGUCAUCUCACAAAUCUUUGAGAAAGCCUUGAUGGAGCCUACCUUCUGUGAAAUGUAUGCCACUUUCUGUUUUCAUCUGGCAGCUGCAUUACCUGAUCUCAGUCAAGACAAUGAAAAGAUAACAUUCAAAAGAUUAUUAUUAAACAAGUGCCAAGAAGAAUUUGAGAGGGGUGAAAGAGAGCAAGAAGAAGCUAAUAAAGCUGAUGAGGGUGAGGUGAAACAGUCUGAUGAGGAAAGAGAAGCGAAACGAACCAAGGCUCGAAGACGAAUGUUGGGUAAUAUCAGAUUGAUUGGAGAACUGUAUAAGAAGAAAAUGUUGACAGAGAGGAUAAUGCACGAGUGCAUCAAAAAAUUACUAGGUCAGUUUCAGGAUCCCGAUGAAGAAGAUAUUGAAGCUUUAUGCAAAUUGAUGAGUACUAUUGGCGAGAUGAUUGACCAUCCCAAAGCCAAGGAACAUAUGGAUGUAUAUUUUGAAAGGAUGAAAUCAUUAUCAAACAAUAUGAAUUUAUCUUCUAGGGUGAGGUUCAUGUUGAAGGAUGCCAUUGAUUUGAGAAAGAAUAAAUGGCAGCAAAGGAGAAAAGUGGAAGGUCCAAAGAAGAUUGAAGAGGUGCACAGAGAUGCUUCGCAAGAGAGGCAGGCCCAAGCUGGUAGGCUGAGUCGUGGUCCGGGUAUUAAUACGGCAAGAAGGAUGCCUAUGGAUUUUGGUCCAAGAGGUUCGUCUAUGUUAACUUCUCCUAAUGCCCAGAUUGGUGGACUGCGUGGGUUGCCUACUCAAGUUCGUGGGUAUGGUUCUCAGGAUGUUCGUGGGGGUGAAAGGCAAUCUUAUGAGGCCAGGACACUGUCUAUUCCCUUGCCUCAAAGGCCUUUGGGUGAUGACUCAAUAACCUUGGGACCACAGGGUGGUCUUGCUAGAGGAAUGUCUAUUAGAGGUCCUUCUGCAGUAUCAAGUUCGAUUGGUCUUAAUGGUUACAGUAAUUUACCAGAGCGCCCUUCAUAUAGCUCUAGGGAGGACCCCACUCCAAGAUACGUUCAGGAUAGAUUUGUUGGUUCAACUACUUACGAUCAAUCAAUUAUUGAAGAGCAUAAUAUGAAUUAUGGUAACAAGGAUAUGAGAAAUGUUGAUAGGAUUAUUGAUAGACCUGUUGUAAAUCCACCUCUUGUCCAUGCACAAGGGACAGUAGGAUCCCAGAGUACCUCCUCAGAAAAGGGUUGGUCAGAAGAGCGACUACAGAAUAUGUCCAUGGCAGCAAUUAAAGAAUACUAUAGUGCUAGAGAUGUGAACGAAGUUGUUUUAUGCAUCAAAGAUCUGAACUCUCCAAGCUUUCAUCCUUCCAUGGUUUCUCUCUGGGUCACAGACUCGUUCGAGAGAAAGGACACAGAGAGAGAUCUUUUAGCCAAACUGCUGAUCGACCUUGCAAAACCUCAUGGUGGCACCUUAAGUCAAGCCCAACUCAUUGAAGGGUUUGAAUCUGUUCUAACUACUUUGGAAGAUGUGGUUACGGAUGCACCGAAAGCACCAGAGUUUCUUGGCCGCAUUUUCGCCAAAGUUAUUACAGAGGAUGUAGUCUCUUUGAAAGAGAUUGGGCGGCUAAUACACGAUGGCGGAGAGGAACCAGGAAGCCUCUUACAAAUUGGACUUGCAGCUGAUGUUCUUGGAAGCACCUUGGAAGUGAUACAAACCGACAACGGCGAUGCCAUUUUGAAUGAGAUCCAGACAAGCUCCAACUUGCAGUUGCAGACUUUCCGGCCACCACAACCGAUUAAAUCACGGAAGCUAGAAAAAUUUAUUUAGGGAUAGAGAUGGUGAAAUUUUAUUUAUGUCUUAGUGCUGUUAGGAUACUCCAAUUUGCAGAAAUGCUCUUCUCCGCGGGGUGGUGAUGGGGAUAAUUUUAUGCUCGGAAUUCUGUUAAAUAAUAUUUUCUCUGCAAUUGUGGAAAACACAGUUAAGCAUCAGAAAUUUUAGGUUGGGAUAUACUAGUAUAAUGUUUGUCAUGGGUUUUACAUUUUUUCUAAUAGUAUUGAAUUGCAGCAUCAAAGUUUAUUAUACAAAAAGGUUUCUCUGGUUUAGUAAAAAAGUGUGCGGCAAUGCAUGUUGCCUAGUGGUACAUAAUUUUAAAA